AUGGCCCUUGUGGAUAAGCACAGAGUCAAGCGACAGCGAUUGGACAGAAUUUGUGAAGGUAUCCGCCCUCAGAUCAUGAACGGCCCCCUGCAUCCCCGCCCCCUAGUGGCACUGCUCGACGGCAGAGACUGUACCGUGGAAAUGCCCAUCCUGAAGGAUCUGGCCACUGUGGCCUUCUGUGAUGCACAGUCUACUCAGGAAAUCCAUGAAAAGGUGUUGAAUGAGGCUGUGGGUGCCAUGAUGUACCACACUAUCACCCUCACCAGGGAAGACCUGGAGAAGUUCAAGGCUCUUCGUGUGAACGUGAGAAUUGGCAGUGGCUAUGACAACGUGGACAUCAAGGCUGCUGGUGAGCUCGGGAUUGCUGUUUGCAACAUCCCAUCUGCUGCAGUGGAGGAGACAGCCGAUUCCACUGUCUGCCACAUCCUCAAUCUGUAUCGGCGGAACACAUGGCUGUACCAGGCCCUACGAGAAGGCACACGGGUUCAGAGCGUGGAACAGAUCCGUGAGGUUGCAUCGGGAGCUGCCCGGAUCCGAGGGGAAACACUGGGCCUCAUCGGUUUUGGUCGCACGGGGCAGGCAGUUGCAGUUCGAGCCAAGGCCUUUGGAUUCAGCGUCAUAUUUUAUGACCCCUACUUACAGGAUGGGAUAGAGCGGUCUCUGGGCGUGCAAAGGGUCUACACCCUGCAAGACCUGCUGUAUCAGAGUGACUGUGUCUCCCUGCACUGCAAUCUGAAUGAGCAUAACCACCACCUCAUCAAUGACUUCACUAUCAAGCAGAUGAGGCAAGGAGCAUUCCUUGUGAACGCAGCCAGAGGUGGUCUGGUAGAUGAGAAAGCCCUAGCUCAAGCCCUCAAAGAGGGAAGGAUACGAGGAGCAGCUCUUGAUGUGCACGAGUCUGAGCCCUUCAGCUUUGCUCAGGGCCCAUUGAAAGAUGCACCAAAUCUCAUCUGCACGCCGCACACAGCCUGGUACAGUGAACAAGCAUCACUAGAGAUGAGGGAAGCAGCUGCCACUGAGAUCCGCCGAGCAAUCACAGGUCGCAUCCCAGAAAGCUUGCGAAACUGUGUCAACAAAGAAUUCUUCGUUACUUCAGCUCCGUGGUCAGUCAUCGACCAGCAAGCAAUUCAUCCCGAGCUCAAUGGUGCCACAUACAGGUAUCCCCCAGGCAUUGUUGGGGUGGCUCCAGGAGGGCUUCCUGCAGCUAUGGAAGGGAUCAUCCCAGGAGGCAUCCCGGUGACUCACAACCUCCCCACAGUGGCACAUCCUUCCCAAGCUCCCUCCCCCAACCAGCCCACAAAACACGGGGACAAUCGAGAGCACCCCAACGAGCAAUAGCAGAGAAGGUAAUCAUUCAGAAAAACUUGGGACCAAGAGACAGUAGCAAACAGAUGAACUAAGAAGGAAUUUGGCAGUCUUUAAAACUGAUCCUGGACAUCACUGAUGUUGCAGUGUUAAAGCUACAAAAGAUUGAAUACUGAAGAUGGUGUCUGCUUCUGGAAGUGUGGAAAAACUAGGACGUGAUUUAUUAACGACCAACUUCUGUUAUUGUGUGUUAAGUUUUUCAUCUGUGCAUCAAAUCACAAAGAAUAAAUAGAGCUUUCCUUUAUCAGUCCCUUGGGCACGGCAGGUCCUGAGCAACUUGCUCUAGAGUGUUGCAUCAAGAGCUCUGACUAUUAAUAAAAAAAGAGAGGAAACCCCCAUCAAGACUAGUCCCUUUGGUCUCCAGGGGCUGGUUGCCUCCUUUACCGGUAGGAAGAUUAAUUAAGACAAGAUGGGGGAGGACAUGUUUGCCUGUGUAGACAUCUACAUGUAUAGGAUUGAAGAAGUAAAAAGUUCCUGUAUAGAAGUUUCUCAACUCUGAGCAGGCAAAGUUGGUUGUGAGUUCAGUAAAACCCUCUGAUGAUGCAAAAACAAACAAACAAACAAAAAAAAACAAAAAAAGGAAAAGAACAAAAAGUAAAAAGUAUUAAGUUUCACAAGCUGUUUGUACUCAAAUAUAUUUUCUCAGUUUCAGAUCCUCAGCUAUUUUAUUGAGUGGAAAGUCUUGGACAAGAAGGGUUCAAGAAGAAUAAUGUUGCAUUUCCUUAUGUCUCAGGAAACACUUUUUAUGGUAACUUGUCAGAUUGUCUAUGAACAAACCCACUUUUUUAGACAUUGAUAAAUUCUUUUCUUCACGUGAUAUUUUAUACAAGAACACUUCAGAUGUGCUAUUAGAUGUGACUGAUUUUAACAAAUCCUAUUAGAUUUGUAUCAGCUAGUUACAUGUUCUAUUCAUAGUCUUUUGUGAAUCAUUGCCUUUUUGUUUCUAAAGAUGGCCUAUUUUGAGCCUUUGUAUAGGUACAUUCCUGUUUUUGUGACAAAAGAAAAACUUUAAACUGUCCCAAACAGAAAAAUAAUGGCUAUCAGAAGUAUGUUUUGUUUUAGUGUGAGUUACCGUUACUGUAUUUGUUUAUUGUAAAGGUGGACAUUUAGCGUUCAGUGCAGUUUUCAAUAAAAGUAAUUAAAAUUUCUGUUAA